UUUCUGUCAGUUUAGAAACAAAGUUUGGGCUCUUCCGUAUUCAAGAAGGGAGGGACAACAUAGCCAAGCGAAACAGACUUUCCCAGAGACUUGAAGACAAAAGUUUCUGAAUGUGACAAAGCUUGUCCCAGUGAUGUCUGAAAACAACGACGCAAACUGACAUCUUAGCAGGGUGGGGAAACUGUCAUCGCUACACAGACGGGAGAAGGGAUCGUGCAGUAUGUACAAAAGCAUAAUGAGCAUGCGCCCCGAUUCACAAAGAAGCGCGUGUAAAUAAGAGUGAUUUUAGGACAAAGAAGCCGUGGAAAUCUUCUUCCAGCGACAUGAGACCAUAAAUCAACACAGUCCACUUCAAGAAGCUGCUGGCCAAAGGACAGCGUCUCCCCCCUCUCCCCGCGACUGCUUGGCCAGGUGGUACCAGGUUAACCCCACCGUUCAGCCAUCAAGAUGUUGCAGCAGAUUUUAAAGGACAUGUACAUUGACCCCGAUGUGCUGGAUGCUCUUAAUGAGGACCAGAAAAAGACUCUGUUCCUGAAAAUGCGCCAGGAGCAGGUGCGGCGCUGGAAAGAGCGAGAGGAGAAGCUGGAGAGAGAAGGGGGGGACGCUGAGUGUAAGCGAACAAAGCCAAAAAAAGCCAACAGUAAGAAUGUGAGCUGGCUGCUCGGCCGGGAUGGAGAUGUGGCGGUUGUUGUGAUCGGCGAGGUGGAUGAGUUGAGCUCCAAAUUCAUCUGCUCAGGACUGGGAGAAAAGAAGGCGCAGAGUCUUCAGAACAGCACACACCAUCAAACUAUCUUGAAGAGUAGAAAAACUGCAGAACCUGUCAAAACUGAAAGAGAGAACUUCCCUCCUAAAACACAACCUGGAAUUUCACUGAAUUUAAAGGGGAAAUGUGAGGAGACGCGCACUUUACACCCUCUGCUGGUGUCAGUGAGCGAGCAUUCAUCACCUCCAGCAGCAGAAAAGCCCGAGUCGAAGUCAGCCAGUGCGACUGAGGAGAAGUCAGAUCCCCAGCCCCCCAUCUGCUCCCGGCCUCCCAUGAGAGCUAGCCCUGUCAAUGUGAGACCAGCUUCUGCAAAUGCAGCAACGGGCUCUGUCAACGCAAGACCCGGCCUCGCAAAGCUGAAGCUGGCCGCCGCUGCACCGUUAGCUUCUCCCAGCAGCGCUGUCAAAACAGACUCUGGCACAAUGUCAGCCACCAAAGUGGCCCUGCGUGCACAGGAACCUCAAAAGCCCCGGGAAUCACAAGGUUUGAAAGAUACUGGUGCAUCAGAAGCGUCUCGGAGGGCUGCCUCAGAGGAGGCCGGGUCGUCAGGGAGCACACCAACCUGCGCAGGGCGUGGCCGGGUGGCUCAGCUGAUGAAAACCUUCAGCGGUGAAAACACUUCAACCCCCACACAGACCUCCUCCCGCGGCAUCAAGCCCCCUCUCCCCACCAAGCCCAGCCACUUGCGUGUAACGACCACACCUACUGUCAGGUAAUCCUCACGCGCUGAUGCACGAACGCACACCCAGCUUCACGCAUGCCCGUGAUUCAAACGAAGCCACACUGGACAAUGUCGGACACCCUCACGUGGAGCCUCAUCCAGUGGGCUAACGGAUGGAGAACUCUCAGGUGGUAAAGUUCACAAUCUUGCUUUCACUCCCAAAGCACAUGGAAAUGCUUGAAUGUAAUGGUUUUAUUUUUGGAUGGUGCAGUACUGUAAACAGUCUUUGUGGGAAAUAAAUUCCAAAGAAAAUUGGUUACAAUGUAUAUGAACAUGCCAGCAAACUGAUGACUAUCACAUUUACUCACUUGCUGUUGGUGCCUUCCACUUUGUGUAACAUGUGGAAAAACACAUCCCUAUUCUAAAAUACACUUUAAAGUCCAACACACCAACGCCGCACACACGCUGUUUACUUACGUGACGUUACUUUCAGUUUACAUUAGCUCAUAUGCAGACACAUGAGGCUCAGUAUUUGUGGUUCGGGGCAAAAGAAUGGCCAGUGGAAGGCAUAAUGGGGUGAAUAAGGCACAGCAGGGUCCUCCUUCAUCUUGCUGUCUCCUCCCUGGGAAUAGUGUAGGGUUGUUUAUUUGUCACGAUGCAAUGUAUGUCUCCCUCUGCCACCUGGCAGGAGUCUCUCUCCGCGACCUGUUGUGGACCAAUGACAGUGCCAAAUACCUCGUCUGUUGCUCCCAGUGGAUCAAGUUAGACAGUCGCUGCCAAAUAAUCCAGUUCUGUGUUACUUCUCUCCGAUUUAUUUCUGUACUAUUUUAGAGAUGUGUGGCUGUACUUCUUCUUUUUUACAUUUUCUAUAGGGAGAAAGAUGUUUUGUAAUGGGAUAUUUAACAUUCUGACAAUGCUCACUUGUAAAAUGAGAGACAAUUUUAUCUUUAAUGUCAAGCUUGUGUGGUGCAAUCAAAGAAACAAUAAAACUGUGUAACUUGUGCA